CUUGAUUUCUUGGGCUGGGGAAAAGUGUCUUAAAGAAUGUUGGUUGAGGAAAUUUCGGGUCGGGAAGAUACACUUCUGUUAUUAUUGCUAGAGCAAUGCUGCACAAUUCUAUUUUCUCUGACUUUUUCCUUACUAUAAAUCAUUGUGAUAAAUUUUCCACUGUUAGGCUGUUCUAAAGUUUCCAUUGAGGGUUUAUUAUUUUUUUUGAAAGAGCAUUGACACAUCUACUUAUAUGCACUCUCUAUAUAUAGUGGUUAAAAGUUAAAUAAUAUUCAUGCCUGCUAUACCUCAGAUAUAAAGAUACUUACCAUGAAUGCAGAACUGAGGAUAAUUCAAAAGGCAGCAUCAUGGUCCUAAAUUAUUAGAAAUAAAAAAAAUAGUCAUAGACAUCUUAAUACUUGUGUGAUCACUGCAAUGUACAGGAAAAAACUUACAGAAGUCUACUGUGGGUGCUACUUCAGACAAUUUGCCAAAAACCAUUCACUAUGUGUUUGGAAAGAAACCAAGUGCAUAGUUUUUCUCCUUAGUGUCUGUUUCGAUGUAUUGUAUUUGUCAAGCAGGCUUUGUAAGUAUCGAUAUGUAUGAGACUAAUUUCUACUUCUUCUCUGCAAUAUGUUGUUGAAGUUAGUUGACAUUACUUGUAAAGCCAGUUGUGUUUUCCCAGUUAAAUUCUGAAUUAACUUCUUUUCAGGAGCAGGAGCUGAAGAGACAUGUCUGAGCAAGUCCUUUUAGCAGUGGCAGUAGCAUGUACACAGACAUUUCUUGUCAUGCUUUUGAUCUGGAACUAUUCACUUAGUUACAGAGGAAGCUUGCUUUUUCUUUUCCCCCUCCAGAACAUUGAGUCAAUCAAUACUAAGAAUGCAUUGGGUAGAUAUUUUUACAGAUUGUUCAACAAACAUACCCAUCCUUUUUAGAGAGAGUAUUUUGUUUUUGUGGCUAGCAUUUUACGAACUUUUAGUGAAAAAAUACAUGCUUAAAGGUUUGCAUUUUCAACUUUUCAUAUAAUGCAUUGGCUGUGCUAGGUAUUAGAUUUUUGUUUAUAUCUGCCACAUGCUCCCAAUGGAUCUUGUUUUUCAACACAGUGUCACCAGCUUGUGUUCUUCCAAAAGCUGUACUGCAACUGUGAAUGCCUUAUGUAAAUUACCCUUUCCAAUGUUCUGACCAUUUUUUAGAAGCAUAACGUACUGUCUGUCACUCUUAAUGAGAUAAGGCCAUAUCCUUUUCAGCAACCGUGGGGUGCAGAGGGAGUAGAUUUGUAAAGAAAAGGUUUCGUGCUGAGGACUUGAAGUUUUUCUUACAUUUUGAGAGGUGUUUUUUUCAGACUACAGUUGUUUGAUCCCUUGGAGGGCACUACAUUAACAAUUGUGGUUUAGCAGGUAUGCUCUGGAAGAGCAGUCUUUCAGUUACGUAUUGUUUGAAGAGAAUCAGGUUUGCCUGUGCCAAGACCAAUCUGGGAUGCAAACCAAAGCCUAGGAAAUAUAGAAAAUCAUACUGGUUUCCAGAUGCACUUGCUGCUUUUUAGCUCCUUCUAUACCUUUUCUACUGAACCUUUAUUUUGUGAUUUAUUGCUGUGUUUGUUUUUUCAUAGCAAGUGUCUCUGUACUCAGUCUGUACCCCUUCUAGAGUCGUAGGGAUUGCAAGAAGUUUGCAAAUUACUUUUUUAAGUGGAAAUAGUCAUUACAUUUUUAGAACAGCGGAUCAGAUAGUGUUCUGUACUACUGUUGUGUAUACUACUUGUAGUACAAACAUUGGGAGUGUUGAGUUUUGCUGCUUGGAAUGUCAGUCAUAAUAAGCACUGUCAAGUGGGUAACUUUAUAAAUACUUUUAUUUUUUUCUACUCCCUUUUUAUGUAUCUUUUUUCCACUCCCAUACCUUCUAUUUUAGGGUGUUCAUUUAAUGUUUUUAAAAGAGAAUCUCCAUCACUUUCUAGUGUGCUCAUGCUUCCCAUUAUGUUUGUUCUGAAAUUUAAGACUAUUUUUCUUAGGAGGAUCCUUAAAGGAGCUUUGUUAUGCCACAGCAUAUUGCUUAAUAGCGUAGGCUCAGAAAUAUUAAUGAUUCAGACACUUUAUUCUAAAACAGUUUUGCUCUCUGAAUCACUGUGUUAGGCUUUUAUUUCUAAGCAAAAAAACCCAAAACAACCAUAUAUGAAUCCGUUGGCACUAAAUAUGUCUGUAGAAGCCCAGUUGGAGAUAAUGCUAUCUCUAGUGUAGUUUUUAGUGAUGAGUGUUCAGUUCCUUCAUUAUUUUCUUUAUGGAUUGAACUACUAAAGCCUUUGUUUACAGUAUCUAGAAGCAUAAGGAAAACUUAGUGAAAGACUUGAGAUAAAGCUUUGAGUUGAAAAGGUCCUUUAAGAUACUGAAUAGAGGCAGAAGAAGAUACCAUGGUUCUUUACCCUUCAAAUAAACUUAUAUGUUCUAAAGACAUGAGUAUUUUUUGAUAGAGAAAUUGAAAGCAGAAUUUAGAACAGAAUUGCUUUGCAUCUUGCCUACAGAAAAUUGAUAGGGGUGAGUGUUGCACUUGUUUUACUUGUGUCACAUAAGGAAAAAAUUAAUCAGACAGUUUGGUGAAUGGCAUAAAAUAUUUUGACAUUUUUGAACAUUAUCAGAAGCAGUCUCUAUUCACUGUUUACUUUAAGUGUGAAUUAUUUAAUGUUUUAAAAGAUGGAUUUCCCUGUAAUUUGUUACAUCUUAAAGUUGGUGAGUAUACAGAAGACAAUUCUAGGAUCUUGUUUUUUCAGGGCUGACUCCAGGUGCUUGUAUGGGAUCUACAUUAUUGUAAAAUGCUGAGUCAUCUGCUACUUUAAAAGUACUCUCAUUUCAUAUGUGUCAGCUUGAGCACUUGGAAUCCUCACUUUCAUGAAUUCUGGCCCAGUUUUCUGUUCAAUAUUAAUUUAUCAUGUGCUCUGGCUUAUUACAUUUGUAAAGAUAUUACAUCUUUAUUGAAAGAUUCUUUUUUCUAAGGAACUUGUUUGUGUUGUAGUUUGAGAGAGAGACAGUAGUGAAACAGUAGUUUUGAACAGACUAGCUAGGAAUCUAUGUGGUUAACACCAUGUAUGUUAAAUGUAUAUGUAUUAAAUGCUGACAACACUGUUGUGCAGUUCCUUCUGCCAGUUCUUUUCUUGUAAAUCGCUACAGGAUUAAAACUGAUAGGAGUCCUCUCAGGGCUAUUCAGAAGCCAAGCCUCAAGUAAAAAUCAAACACCCUGAGGAGUUGAGCAGAUAGUUAGAAGGACAGUGUGAUAUGCUUCCUUGAACAUGCCUUUAAAUAAAUGAAUAUCUGAAAUAUUUUAAUUGAGAGAAAAUAGGAAGUUUAAUUUGGGCCCUUGCUACAGUAAAUGAUGUAUCAGAUUUUGAUGCAAUAUUAUUGGUGGCUUUUAUGAGUUUUACAGAAAUUAAGGAAAAUAUUUAAUUUAGAUGCUUGUUUUAGACAUCCUGAGGAUAAUAAUAGUCUCUAAUAUUUGUGUUGCUGUUUGCAACAUUUAUUUCAAUUCUUCUUGCAUACCAUGGAGACUUACUUAGGAUAAUUAGGGUGUAAAAGACAAUCUUUUUUGUCUGUAUUUUAUGUUUGGCUUCCUUUGCUGAGUUUUUGAGCUCUGGGCUCAGUAGACAAUUGUGUCUCUUAGUAACUUCUUUACAGUUCACGUUGUCAUGAGAAUAUGUGAUAGCAAAGAUAUCAGAAUUUGUUUUAAUUAUGAGGACAAGUACACAACUUACUUGCAUUAAACUAUAACUCAGUAUGCAAAUAAAUUAUUUUUCAAGCUUUUCCAUACUGGUGUCAUUUUCCAGUGUUAAUAGUUCUUCCCAUGUUGUUAACAUGGUCAACAAAAGAUGAACUAUUAACAAACUUUGCAAAUGUUAAUAAUGUACAUAAUAGCACUACACCUACUGAACUGAAUAUUCUUAUAUACAAAUACUGUAUAUUUUGCAUUAUUUUAUUACAUGGAAACUGUAAUAUGAAGGCAUUUAACUUUUCAUACUGUGUGCAGAGUUUAAGUUGCUGGAAUUGGAGGAUUUUUAAUGAAGACAAGCUGGAAGAGUUGCACAGGAUCAAAUACAAGCCAUUUCCUUUAGGUUGGUUCAGUCAACUGUUAAAAAAAUGCUAAAUUUGAAUGAAGGUAGAGGCACUUGAAAUUAAAUUGUUGCUCUAAUUUUAUUGCUGCUUCAAUCUCUUGACACUUUCAAAUAUUAUAUAACCCUGUCUUGCUAGUUUAGUUUAGAUUCUGUGCUUGAUUCUAGAAGAGCUUGAUUACAGGUAAUUAGUGAUCUUUUCCCACUUGUAGGCAUGCCAGCUUACUCAUGAAACUUUCUACACAGUAAUGGGAUUUUGUGUUUCUUCUCAAUGUUUUUGCUUGUUUGGUGGUUUCCUUUACAUUAACUGUUGACAUUCAUUGCCAAAGUCUUUACCUUUAGAAGUCCUUCCCUAGCAAUUGGAAAGUUAUCUCCUUCCACUAACAUAUGAUUUUCCUGCUUCCCCUCAUUCCCCAAUCACAGGAAUAAUAGGGUAGUUUAUUAGUGUAGACUACCGUCAUAGAUUUCUCUGGUUUCACGUCCUACUUGCUUAGUAUGAUACUGAGGGAGAUGUCAUGUUUUGUAGUAGAGAAAACAGCUUUGUCACGCAACAGCUUCUUGAGGUAACAGUAUGCCAAAAGCAUGUCACUCUGUGUAGACUGUUUCAUUAGAUUCUAGUCCCUUACCCGCUUUUUCCAAAUCUUUUUAGCAAAAAAAUGGUCACCACAAGUUUAGUGUGUUCUCUAGCCUAAUUGAAACAGUUACUAUGUUGACAUACUGUUCACAUUUUGCACACUUUAAAACUCUGCUGCUUGUCUGUUGCAUUUAAAUAUUUUCAUUUUCAUCUGUGGCAAAUGAGCGCUGGUUUUAUCUGACAGUUCUAUAUCAGUUGUCUUAUGGCAGCUAUUGUGAUUAAUUUCAAUAUGUUAAGUAUUUUAUGGAUUUUUUUUCCAGACUUGUUAGUUUGAAACCAAGAUAAUUUUCAGGCUCUCUUCAUACUAAGCAGCUGGAAAUCAUAUCACCUGUUAUUCAUAUUUUCCUGUCUGUACACCUGUAAGCUCUGGUGGGCAACAAAUGUCAUGUCCUCAGAUACAUAUUUUCUUCUUAAUUUCUGCUAAGGUAUUAUUUGCUAUUUAUACCUUUUCUCAUCUGAGACUAGCAAUAUAUUUUGUUCCACACAAUAAGCUCAAAAGAUAAAAUACACCAGGUGAUCACCAUUUAUGAGACUUUAUAAUGAAAAUUAUUUUUUCCGUCACUGUGAUUAUCAUGGUAAUUUUUUUUUAUUGUUAGAUAUGUAACAAUGAGAUAGAGAUGACUUUCUUCUGACUAACAUAAAUUAGUUUUUAAAGCCUCUGCUAUAAACUGUGCCUUUAAGAGUGCUCUGAAUGAGGAAGAAGAAAGAUUUGUACAUGGUAGGGGAAAAGACACUUUCAGGAAUAAGGAACAGCUGAAAACAUUUUAAGAAAUGAAAGCAGUCUUGUGUUCAUUGUUGUUUCUUGAAGGCAAUGAUGAUAAAAGAAGGGAGAAUAGUGGAGGGAUAUUUACUUUGAUGAAAGUAUUCCUUGGAAAUGUUGCUCAUUACUUACCAGAGAUUGCCAGUAACAAUGGAAUUACUGGGAGAUAAUUAUCCAGGGGUGCUUAUAAGCAUGAGAUGAAAUUUGUAAUGUUGGUUGGGAUGUAGUGCUUUUUGCUUUGAUUGAAGUCUAGCAAAUCUCUUCUGAUAAAUGUAUAUGUUAACUGUAAGAGAUUGUCCUACUGCAGCUGAAAAAUUUGUGAAGAUGUUCAGCAUUGUAGUCUUUUAUUUGAUAAAUACACAUAAGAGCUAUGAAGCCACUCCCAUUCCCAGAAGCUCAAGUGCUACCAAAGGAUUAAGAGAAGAUUCUGAUCUCUACAUCAACUUAUGUUCUUUGUAAUACAACACACUGUAUAUAAACACAGCAUUAUGUAACUGAUCUUGCAUUUUUCAGCAGACACCAUAAAUAGUAAUGUGAAUUAAUAGUAUAUGAUUGAAAUUCAUGUGUUUUUGAAGGAAUACUUUUUGUAAACAUGGGUUUCUUUAAUAUCUUGCCUUCAGUUGGCUAGUAUGUUUCAGUAGAAGAACUUCAGGAAAAUAUGAACAUUGCCAUCAUUAAUUUUUAGAAGUGACUCAUGUGGUUCUUUAGUAACAAAAAUUCGCCUCUAAAUGCAAAAACACAUAAUGACUUUCUUGUGUUUGAUUGUGUUUGGUUGCUAAUGAGGCCCACUUAAGUUCUGGUAUGGGAAAGGGGCAUUUAAAGGAAAAAUGACACACUCUUACAUUUGUGUAUUUUGUGAUUAAGGAAACUGGUAUAUUUGCCUAGAAGGAUGGCAUUUCUCCAAAUAGUAAGGGUUCUUGUAACAGGGAGCAGGGUAAAGUUGACAGUUGAAUGUCCAUUCUGCAUGACAAUAAAAUGAGUGGUUUAUGAGUCAGUGACUCAAGGUAGGAAGAAAUGGUUUCUGUAUGCUUUUUCAGUAAUGAAUACAUGUUAAAUAAUUUAUGGCAUUAUCACACUUGGACUUUUUGGUAGGGCCUCUUGCAGUAUUACAAGGGGUAAUGGUUUUACUGAGGAGAAUUGGUAUAGAUUAGGUAUGUUUUUACAGUGAGGGUGGUGAGACACUGGCACAGGUUGCCCAGAGGAGUGGUGGAUGCCCCAUUGCUGGAAACAUCUGAUGGCAAGUUGGACAGGGCUCAGAACAACCUGAUGCAGUUGAAGAUGUCCCUGUUCAUUGCAGAGGGUUUGACCUGAUGACUUUUAAAAGGUCCCUUCCAACUCAAACUAACCUAUCAAGUUAAUAACUAAACAGUUCACCGUAUAAUAAGAGCCUAUUGAGGAUUCAGCAAUUUACUUUCGUAAAGAACAGGGGAAGAUGUCAGAAGGUCACGUACCAGAAGUAUCUGUGUGUAUAAGAAAUUACAGAUGACUUGAUAUUAAGUCAUAAAACAGGUACUUGUUUUCAAGAAAUACAAUGGAUGACACGCAGAAAGUUUCUAACAGCUCUUGCAAUGAUGGAUUUCUACUUAGAAUGGGCCUUAAUGAUAACAAAGCUGGAAUGGAGGGUUUGGAUAAGGAGAAGAUCAAUAAAAUCAUCAUGGAAGCUACCAAGGGGUCUAAAUUUUAUGAAAAUGAACUUAAGAAAGAUCAACAAGUUAACCAACGAAUUGAAAAAAUGAUGCAGCUGAAAGAGAAAAUUACAGCACAACAGCUCUUGAAAGCACAGAUGCAGGUGGACAAACUUGUGAUAGAACUGGAACAGAACCGUAACCUUAGCAGUACAAUUGUACACAUUGACAUGGAUGCCUUCUAUGCAGCUGUGGAAAUGAGAGACAAUCCAGAGCUGAAGGAAAAACCUAUAGCAGUGGGAUCAAUGAGUAUGUUGUCCACCUCAAAUUACCAUGCUAGAAGAUUCGGGGUGCGUGCAGCCAUGCCAGGAUUUAUUGCUAAAAGGUUAUGUCCACAUCUAACUAUAGUACCACUAAACUUUGAAAAAUACGGCAAAGUGAGUAGAGAGGUUAGAGAAAUACUGGCUGAAUAUGAUCCCAAUUUUAUGCCUAUGGGCCUAGAUGAAGCCUACCUGAACAUAACAGAACACUUGGAGGAAAGGCUGAACUGGCCUGAAGAUAGAAGAAGGUUCUUUUUUAAUACAGAAAGCACUACAGGAAUAGAUAAAGAUUGUAUGAAUGUGUCUGCCAAAUUUAAUGAAGGUGAAGUCUCUUCUUCACCAGUACUGUUUGAAGACAACUCAUCUCUGAUGGAUGGCGAACAUGAACAAAGAGGUCUAUCAGUGGAAAACUCAGUUGUCUUUGGAACUUCUGCAGAGGAAGUUGUGAAGGAAAUUCGCUUUAGGAUUGAGCAGAAAACUCAACUGACUGCUAGUGCAGGAAUAGCACCAAAUACAAUGUUAGCAAAAAUGUGCAGUGAUCGUAAUAAGCCUAACGGCCAAUACAGAAUUUCUCCUGAGAGACUAGCAGUGCUAGACUUCUUAAAAGAUUUGCCCAUUAGAAAGGUGCCAGGUAUUGGAAAAGUAACAGAGAAGAUGUUAAAAGCCCUUGGAAUUGUAACUUGCUCAGAACUUUACCAGCAGAGGGCGCUGCUUUCUCUUCUUUUUUCAGAAGUCUCUUGGCGUCAUUUCUUGGAUAUUUCCCUUGGCUUGGGCUCAACACAUUUGGAAAAGGAUGGAGAAAGAAAAAGUAUGAGCACUGAAAGAACAUUCAGUGAAAUAAACACAGCAGAAGACCAGUACAGUUUGUGUCGAGAGCUCUGCAGAGACCUUGCUCAAGACUUACAGAAAGAGGGACUUAAGGGUAAAACAGUUACAUUGAAGCUUAAGAAUGUGAACUUCGAAGUUAAAACAAGAGCUUCAACUGUGCUGUCUUCUGUUUCUACUGAGGAGGAAAUAUUUACUGUUGCUAAAGAUUUGUUAGCAACAGAAAUUGGUAGUGUUGCUCCUCACCCUCUACGGAUAAGACUUAUGGGUGUACGAGUAUCAGGAUUUCUAACAGAAGAAGAAAAGAAAUACCAACAAAAAAGCAUUACUAGUUUCUUAAAAUCAGGAAAAGAAAUUGGUUUCUUUAGGCUUCAGCCAGAGAAGUCCAACCAAGAGUAUUUCACAAAAAAUGCAGAAGCACCUCAUAGAAGGAGUUUUUUCGAUCAAAAGCGAGCAGCAAGACAGCUAAACAGUAAUGAUGAUAAAUCAUCAGCAAAUUUUGUGGAAGAAACAAAGAAAGUCACAGAUUUACCGAAUUCUAAUGUUUGUAAGAUCUUCACAUGUCCUGUGUGCUUUGAGAAGCAAAGCAGCAAUAAUUUGGAAGAACUUAAUAGACACAUUGAUGAGUGCCUCAGUGGGAUGUGUGUUAAAGAUACUAUGGAAAUAUCCAAGAACGACAGUUCAAGAAAAAAUACAUCUAACUUUCUUCCACAAUUUAAAAAUGAGUGGGUUGAUAAAUGUCAAAAAAAUGAAACAGAUCAAUUAUCAGGAACAGACCAGUCUGCAAGUGUAUCUGACAGCUCUACUGACAAUAGCACAGAAAAAUUUGGUCAGAUAAUACCUGAUAAAUCUCCCAGAGAACAACAGCCUAGCAAUCUCAGUGACAUUGCUAGAAAUGUGUGUAUGAAACAGUGUCUCUUCCCCAAACUAAUAUCACAAGACAGUGAAGACCAUUUUGACAAGACUGAAGAUACAGAAGGAAGUAGUUCAUCCUGUUUCUUUGAAGCCAAAGAAGACGGUGUUCUUGUUUGUCCAGUUUGUAAUUUGGAACAGAAAACCACUAAUCUUAUGUCAUUUAAUAGACAUGUUGAUGUCUGCUUAAAUAAAGGCCUUAUCCAGGAGCUGACAGAAAAAGAGGAUUUUCCUACUAAGACAUAUAAUAUGAAAAACUCAAACAGAGUUUUCUCUGGAGGUUUAAGCAAAGGACAGCCAUGCACAAAUCCAUCACAAGGAACAAAAAGGUCUGGACUAACAGCUUCACAGUCAGUAUCAAAAAAACCCAAGUCAAGCAAUUCCAAACAUACAAUCAAAAUGUUUUUUAAAUGACUGUGUAGCAAUGUGUUCUAUAUGAAGCAUUUCAUAGAGUUUUAUGACUGCAAGUUAAUUUAGCAUUGGCAGUAGGCUGGAUUCAGGUUCCUGUCAUUUUGGAACCAUUCCAUAUCUGUGUAAUAAGAACAUGAUGUCUGAGAUGGAAGAAGCGGUAAAAUGAAGGGUUUUUUCUUUUCUUUUUUUUGAAGAAUAAUACUUCUUUUCCCAAUUGUUUCUAAGAAUCAGAAUUUGCUAGCACUUUGAUUUAGCUCCCUAGAAUACACAUGAAUUAUUAGCUAGGGUGCUGCACUGUACUUGCUGAAGGCCAUCUUCUCACACCUGAACUUCUGUCUUCCCUAUUGUAAAAAUACAAUAGUGAGAUUAACUGUGUGAUAACAGAGUUGAGUUGCUGGAUUUCAGCUAAUGUCUGUCUUCAUAGUGGACACAAAAAUGUGUUAGUCUCGCAGUUACACAGGGUAAGAACAAGAACUUAGAGCACUAUGAAGCUCUUAUUGUUACUGAAAAUUACUAAAGUAAGAGUUGAUUGACCAGAUCUGAAGGACUCGUCGUGGUGAGAUGUGGGAGGCCAUGGGUCGGGCCUUGAAGUAGGAAUGCCCUGGGAAGAAACUCCUUUCUAGUUCAGGGUGA